GCCGGGCAAAGCGGUAUUAUUUAGCGGAAUUUCCUCGCAACUCGUGUCCACUUUUCCGGCCUCUGUGUAAAAUAAUCCUCCACGUGCUCAAGCGUUGUGUCCACAUCCUUAUCAAAUUUCAAUUUCCUCGCAAGGAUAUCCGAAAAAAAGAAUUGAAAAAGAAAACCGUGAUUUGUUUCUAUUUAGCAAAUAAAAGUCAAGUGAGUGCCUUUAAAAACAAAAAAACCAAGGAAAUUCGAAAGGACAGGCGUACUCCUUUGAGAAUAUCACAGGCCAUUAGAUAUCCACACAGCUGCCCAGCGUGAGCCAUGCCAACACAAAACAGCGCAAUGUGGGGCCAAAAAAGCAAUCGCAAGUUAAUUAUCGGCAUUUUUGGCUUCUGCCUGGGACUAUUUGGCAUAUUGUUCGGAAUGUUCUGGGUGGACCUGUUCGAUUGGAUCAUGCAGAAGGAAAUGGCUCUGGCCCCCAACACACGUGUCUACGACAACUGGAAGAGUCCGCCAUUGGAUCUGAGUCUGGACAUCUACCUGUACAAUUGGACGAAUCCCGAGGACUUUGGCAACCUCUCCACGAAACCCAUUAUGCAGCAGGUGGGUCCAUAUCGCUUCACCGAGCGACCCGACAAGGUGGACAUUCACUGGCAUCCCGAAAACGCAUCCGUCAGCUAUCGCAGGCGCAGUUUGUUCUACUUUGAUGCGGAGGGCAGCAACGGAAGUCUGGACGAUGAGAUUACCACCCUCAAUGCUGUGGCUCUGUCCGCAGCUGCCACUGCAAAACAUUGGUCGUCGGGUAGGCGAGCCAUGGUGGAUGUCGGCCUAAAAAUGUAUGGCGCCGAAAUGUUUGUCCAAAAAUCGAUCGACGAACUGCUCUUCACCGGAUACAGUGAUACCAUGAUAGAUGUGGCCAUUGCAGUGCCCAUUUUUGGCGAUGACGUUAAGGUUCCUUUCGAUAAAUUCGGCUGGUUCUAUACGCGCAACGGAAGCGCCGAUCUUACUGGUGUAUUUAAUGUAUUUACGGGUGCCGAUCAUCUGUCCAAAUUGGGCCAGAUGCACUCGUGGAAUUACCAGGAAAACACCGGAUUUUUCAGUUCCUAUUGCGGUAUGACGAAUGGAUCAGCCGGAGAAUUCCAGCCACAGCAUCUCAAGCCAGGCGACAGUGUGGGACUCUUUACUCCGGAUAUGUGCCGCACGAUUCCGCUGGAUUAUGUGGAAACUGUGGAUGUCGAAGGACUGAAGGGACACAAAUUUUCAGGAGGACCUCGUUCGGUUGACAAUGGCACCCUGUAUCCAGAGAACCUUUGUUUUUGUGGCGGCGAAUGUGUUCCCUCGGGUGUGAUGAACAUCAGUUCCUGUCGAUUUGGAUCCCCAGUAUUUAUGUCCUAUCCCCACUUUUUCAACGGAGAUCGUUAUUACGUAGAUCAGGUGGAGGGUUUAAAUCCCAAUCAGGAGGACCACGAGUUCUAUAUGGUGGUGGAGCCAACAACUGGAAUUCCCUUAGAGGUGGCUGCCCGCUUUCAGGUCAACAUGCUAGUGGAGCCAAUUCAGGGCAUCUCCUUAUACACCAAAAUACCAAGAAUAUUUUUUCCUCUCAUAUGGUUUGAGCAAAAAGUAAGAAUCACUCCAGAGAUGGCUGACCAAUUGAAGGUCCUCCCGGUUGUCCAGAUGUCCGGACCAAUCUUCGCCGGAGUUUGCUUGGCUAUUGGAAUAGUUCUCCUCUGCUGGGCUCCGGUUCAGAAUCUGUUAUCUUCGUGUCGGAAUCGUAGAUACGAUCUGAAGACCCAAACCAAGACUAACGGCCAGUUCAAGAGUCGCUCCCAAUUUUCCAGUGCCGAGGAAUUAAAGUCCAAGGCCUCUACUUUGGUCUGUGAUAAGAGUGUCAAGGGAUCUCCGGACAGUUCGCCGCUCCUUGAAAAAAGCCGAAAGCCAACCAUUACAAAGUCCCAGACGGGUGAAAGUGUGGCCACCGCAUCCACAGCCAUCAGCGACAAUAAACAGGAUUGAACAGAACCAUCACAUCCACGCCAUCUAGAUAGUUAAGCCGUCCUAGCGCUUUAGUCGUAGUUCAUAGUUUAGUGACACUCUAAAAUACCCAACCAAAACUUGCAAGCAUUCCCGUGCCUAUGCCAAAGAUUAGAUAGCCUCCGAAGUCGAACAGUAGUGUUGUCUUCGCCUAGCUAACGAAUACUCUUUUUACAUUCCUUAGUUUUUAGAUAUGUUUUGUAUUAAAAUGUUUUCUUGACCAAUAGU